AUGCAUAGCAACGCAGUAACUGGCGUUACUUCAAAGAUAGCAGAUUUCGAUUUGGACAAUGACCAAAUCAAUCUUGAGCCGCCUGGGUUCGCGGCCUAUAACUCUGAACCACCCCCUGCACCCAAAUUAAAGAGCGCCGGAAUAGUGUCUUUAGACAUCACCGAGCAAUUUGUCAACGCUGCCAAACAACUUGAGCUCGGAGAGCUGGUCAAGGAUCCACACUUUACACUCUUUGAGUCUGUUGGCGCUUUGGAGAUUAUGGAUCCAAAGAUGGAUAGUGGGUAUCUGCAAGCCGGGGAGACUAUGGAAGACGAUUAUGAUUUCAGUCAGCUAUUACUUCCGGAAGAAAUCAUUGGUAUUAUCGACCAGUUGUUAUCUCACGAGAUGGCAUGGCAUAUGGGCCAUCCACUCGCCCAAACAAUUUUCACCAGCUUGUACAUCGAUCGGAUCUUAGAUCCAUGCCCUAUUAGUCUGGAGCAGACGUACUUUGAUAAGAGUGAGAGCUGUGAAGAUGAGCCUCUUAUGCACCAAGUUCUGAGAGCGUACUGCCUGGGUCUCCUCAAAACCUGUGGCUACGUCAACCAAAGGGUCAAAUCGGAGCAUUACUACGAGGAAGAAGACUUUGUUACACACACAUUCCACAGAAGUCUACUUGAAAACAUAGACCAUGAAUUAAUCAUCGAGCUCCUUGAAGAGACGAUCGAACGAAGCCAAGGAUGCAUUGGACUUCGACUUGGGUUUCGCGCUUCAUUCCUGGAAAUUGUCGAAGCCGCUGAUUCAAGAACUUCUCUGGAACAAGUCAAAACAAUGUGGACUGAUUUCCAACUCUUAUUACCCGGCCUCAAAUCAACCACCAAGCUGGGGAAGCCCGCGCCUACUUCUUUUAGUGCUAAAAUUCAACGAAAGCUCGCAAGUACUGUGCCGCCACGUCCUAUUGUGCAAGUCAGCCAAGAGGCUGCUUUUGAUCAGCUGGAGAGACUCUGUCGAGAUGGUGCUGUUGCGGUCGAAGUCUUAAAGUAUUAUGAUAGCCAUAGUCUCAUGACGUUCGUAUCUCUGUUCCAAGCACGAAAGCCACAGCCCUCUGUUUACAUCCGAACGCUAUUGCAGCACUACAUAUUCGGAGAUAUGAUAAUGUUAGGAAACAUGUCUAUCCGGCAAGUCCUCGACGAUGAUCUAUCCACCACAGUUCUCCCAGCAAGCCAGCUUCUUGAUCGAGCCAAUGACGAAGUUGAAUUCCCAAACGAUCCACGAUUCAAAAUGGCCGAACGAAUGGAACUCUUCCGUUCUCGAGCCGCAGGUUCCUUCCUAGACAUUCUCCGAACCAUCUGCCAAAACCGAUGUCGUAUCCGUCGUACCCUGUGCCACACUAUCGCAGACUGGGACAUCUUACAACUCGAUGCUGAAGAGCUAGACAUGCAGCUCCGCGAGUUCACCAAAGAAACACCAGUUCGUGACAGAGAAAUCUCAGACGAGCCAAUCUACUCCUUCAGCCUCUCAUCCUGGGCAUACUUCUACAAGCUCCGCCAAAUGGAAUGGAUAGUACAAAUGGGAUUUGAACUCGAAGUCUACCAACCUGACGAACUAGCAACCAUGUACUACUACCUACAAUACCUCGCCAAAACCCGAAGCCGUCACCUAGAACGCAUAAAAGGCUUUAACUUCCGUGGGUUCAACGCAAUUCGCAACAAGAAGACUGCCGGAGAUGCUAGUCACGACGAAUACACCAAGGCCCUCACGUUCGUCAACUUCUCCACCAUGGAAGCAGCCGCCACUUACGGCCUCGCAGACUCGCUUUCCUGCCUCUUCACAGUACUAGACCGUCUCUCACUCAUAAAGCCACCACCAAGACCCUAUAGCAGCGACCAAAUGCGCUACGAACUGCGCCUGAAACCAUUCCUACUCAUCGGCCUUCCUGAACUAAUCCCUUUCACGGACCUCACGAACGCAGUUUCCCAACCCUCAGAAUCCACGCUCUCGCUGCUGAAAUAUGCAGCUGAAGCAGCUAUGGCAGCGAAGAGGGGUUUCGAGGUGUUGAGUAAGCUUAGUGCGCAAGAGGCGUUUUGUCAGGGGAGUCAUGACAGCUGGAUUAAGAAUGUGAAGGAUUGCUUGAAGGCUUGUAUAUUUACUGGCAUAAGUAUUGCGACGGUAAAGAAGGCUGUUGAAGGGAUGGAUAAGAAUGGGAGCAAAGAGUUGAAAAUUAGGGUCGAGAUCCCGAAGACGGGGAAGGGGUACCAUGAUUGGUGGGUUGUGCCUAAGAUCAUACCGGUUUCUUGA